AUGCUGUUGCCCGUCUUCCUUGAGAGUGUGUGUCGCUGUGUACUUGUGUAUCUUCGCGCUAGCGCACACGUGAAGGAAUGCCUGCCUCCCUUCACCCAUCGUCCACACAUUGAUCCUCGCCUUCUUUCCAUCCUGCUCGGUUGCUGCCUCUCUCUCUCUCCCCCCCCCCUCCCUCCCUCUUGCGCUCCCCUGCACGAGCUCCUUGUCCGCCUGCGCGUAGGCCUCACGGUGCGCGUCGACAAGGGCCGUACCCACACCCCACACCUUUCCCACACGCACAGUCGAAUUCACGUGCACACACGCGAACCACCUCCUCUCGGUGCACAUGUACCUCUCAAACCCACCCCUACCUCUUUUCUCCAAGUCACCUCUGCCUUCAUUCUCUCGUUCUUCUCCUUUCUUCUCUCUCUCUGUGUGUGUGUGUGUGUGUGUAACGGAAGGGUCGAGCGUGGAGGAGGAAAAGGCAACAGUGGCGCGUGUGGCCUUUGUGUUCAUCACGGGAAAAAAAUUUACGCUUUGUUCGUGUUUGCCGGUGAUUUUGUGCGUAUUCGUGUGAUCCGCGAAGCAGCUGCCAGCGAGCGAAUGGCACCUUGCGCGUGCUGCGCCAUACAGCAGCGGCCCUGUACGUUUCUCGCACUGCUUCUAGCCGCUGUAGUGUGCCUCCCCUCCUCCUCACCUUCAUUGAUCCUCCCGGGCGUCCUGCACGCCGCGGCGCUGCUGCCGUCACGUGACCUCUUUCUUAGACGCGCUGGCAGCACCUACAACUACACCAUGUACUCCGGCAGCGCGGUGACGGGUGAGUCUCACUUUACCGGGCUCACCACGUACCCCUACGUCUUCUCUGCGGGCAUGAACAGUGCCAUUGUAGCCAUGCUCAACGGGUUCCUCUCCUCUGUAAAGUCGAACGUGAGCGCGGUGGGCGGCGGCUUCCACGAGUGCAUCGACAAUAAGUUAGGUGCCGUGGACGGGACAGCGUGCUUCAAAACACUUUUGGCUGCCGCUCCGCCCGCGGACUGUCCAGCCGCGAACAAGCUCUGCUGCCCGCUCUUCUGGCGCGUCGAGAGCCAAGGCCUGCGCACCACCAUGGCCCAGGUCAUCCCGCAGACGCUCUUCUGGAACGGUGCGACGAGCGUGAACGGCUUCUUCACGAAUUUCUCACGGUCGUACCUGGACGCCAACCGCAACUGCAGCAAGCCGCUCUUGAGCCCAGCCUCCCCCGUCAAUCUCGCCAUGGACGCGUACGGCGAGUGGCGCUUUGUCGGUCUCGUGACCACCUACACGCUUCUCGAGACCGCCAUCAACCGCAGCGCGUCGAGCGCAGCCCCCAUUUUUGGCGAAAACCCGCAGGACGCCAUCACGAACACGAUAAGGUCACAGCAGCCUUUCUACAAGAUCAUCACUGUCCACAUCGCCGGCGGCGUCGAGGCGCUGCUGCUGCUACUGCUCUUUCUCUUCGUCGUUGUUGCAGGACCCUACAGCAUCGGUCGGCCAGCGAUACGGGUGCGCGAGCUCCAGCUGCUUACUGUGGACCUUGUGUCGCAGUACCGCAGAAAGAGUGCUUGUGCUUUUCUCGACGAGCUGAGCAGCUCAGAGGGGUGCCGCAGCCCGCGAAUGAGGUCACGAAGCAGAAGCAGCAGCGCCGGUAGCGGCAACGGCGAUGGCGGCGGCUAA